UUGAUGUCCCAGCCAAGGUUUCAGACAAAGUUUUAGAAAAGUUAAUAGAAGUUUUGAAAGUGCAGUGAUUUGAGAUGCGCAAAGUUGUGUGGCCUCUUGUAGUGGGGAAACCAUACAAAAAACCGACCAGCUGGAAUAUAAAUGCAGUUAACGACUCUUGACAGAUUGCAGUCGGGAAUCUGAAAGUUUGUUUUGCGACUGGAUGUGUGAGAGAAGAGAAAAUAACUUUUAAAAUACAGCGACUGACGCCUCCGGGGUUGGAACUGUGAGCACGUAUAGGGUUUUGUUGGGGCGUCCUUAUAGGCAAGAACAAAAGCCUGAAAAGUUCGCCCUCGAAUUACCAAGAUUGAGCUUGUAAACUUUAGGGUAGUUUUUAAAAGAAGAAAAAAAAAAUACUAAGGAAAAAUAAUAUAGUCGACUUGCUGGAGUACUGUUGUGUUACUGGCAUCUGAUUUUUACUUUUUGUUGGAUUUAAAUAAAAGGAAAAUUUAGUUUCUGUUUUUUUUUUUUUUUUUUUUUUUUUUUUUUUUUUUUCUUCUUUUGGUGUACUCGGACACCAUAGAGUUUUUUGUUGUUUUUGGAAGCAUGGAUCCGAGCCAGCACAAUCCUCCAGUGGGCCACCAGAUCAUCCAUGUCCGGGGCGACUCGGAGACCGAUCUGGAAGCGCUAUUCAACGCCGUCAUGAACCCGAAAACUGCCAACUUGCCCCCUUCGUUGCCCAUGAGAAUGAGGAAACUGCCCGAUUCCUUCUUCAAGCAACCCGAACCAAAGUCCCAUUCCAGACAAGCGAGCACAGACGCUGGCACAGCCGGCAGCCUUACCCCCCAGCAUGUGCGGGCACACUCCUCGCCUGCCUCGCUGCAGCUGGGUACAGUGUCCCCCGGCUCAAUCACAGGGCCAAUCCCUCCUGGCGCUCCCCCACAACACCUCCGGCAGUCCUCCUACGAGAUACCUGAUGACGUGCCACUACCUCCUGGCUGGGAGAUGGCGAAAACCCCUUCCGGGCAGCGAUACUUUCUCAACCACCUGGAUCAGUCAACGACCUGGCAGGACCCCAGGAAAGCCAUGAUGUCCCAAAUGAAUGUCGUGGCUCCUGCCAGCCCUGUGCCCCCGGUGCAGCAGAACAUCAUGAACCCAGCCACAGGCCCACUGCCCGAAGGCUGGGAACAAGCUAUAACCCCCGAGGGAGAGAUUUACUACAUCAACCAUAAGAGCAAGACCACCUCCUGGCUGGACCCAAGGCUGGACCCACGCUAUGCCUUGAACUCUCAGCGGAUCAGCCAGAGCGCCCCCGCGAAGCAGGCACCACCCCUGCCAGCCCAGAGUCCUCAAAGCGGGGUGAUGGGCAGCAACAGCCAGGUGCGCCUCCAGCAGCUGCAGAUGGAGAAGGAGAGGCUGAGACUCAAGCACCAAGAACUGCUUCGGCAGGUGAGGCCGCAGGAACUGGCUUUGCGCAACCAGAUCCCAACAAGCAUGGAGCAAGACGGCGGCUCCCAGAACCCUGUCUCCUCCCCCGGGAUGUCCCAAGACGUCAGGACAAUGACGACCAACAGCUCAGACCCAUUCCUUAACAGCGGGACCUACCACUCCAGGGAUGAAAGCACAGACAGUGGACUGAGCAUGAGCAGCUACAGUGUGCCCAGGACACCUGACGACUUCCUCAACAGUGUGGAUGAAAUGGACACAGGUGACUCCCUGGGUCCGAACGCCAUGGCCACGCAGCCUAGCCGCUUCCCGGACUACCUUGAUGCUAUCCCGGGCACCAAUGUGGACCUGGGCACCCUGGAGGGCGACAGCAUGGUAGUGGAGAGCGAGGAGUUGAUGCCCAGCCUGCAGGAGGCGCUCAGUUCCGACAUCCUGAACGACAUGGAGUCUGUGCUGGCCGCCACCAAGAUCGACAAAGAGAGCUUCCUCACGUGGUUAUAGAGGAGGCCGUUGGGAGGGGCACACAAGCAUCCUCCCCUUUUGCACAUACCCCACUGCAUGUGCGGGUCUCCUUGCAAAAACUGCGGCCUGACAAAAUCUGUGGAGGAGAUGAAGAUGAUUACUGUUCCUUUUUUUGUUUUGUUUUGUUUUUAUCACAUUUCAGUCUUUCAGGACUUGUUUCCUUUUCUGUGAAAGACGUUUCCUUUAUUGAUAUAUAAAAAGAAGAGGGUAAACAAGACAGAUGUGGAAGCAACUGUGCUUUUCUUCCUUGUCCUCAAAGGCUGGCCUCUGAAUUGACACUUUAAGGGCCUCCCAAAUCCUUCUUUGGACACUUACUGAUUCAAGUAUUGAGCCCCUAUGAGCAGAAUUGGGCCAGUGUGGGUAUUACUUUGUGUGUAUGUGUUUUGCAGACCUUUGCGAAAGUAAACCACAACAGUCUUCUGUGUUCUCUGCCUCACAUUUGGCCAAAAUCAUCAAUACCAGAAUUGAUGUACGUUGGGACGUCCUACUACUCCAGUUUCAACAUGUAGAAACAUAUUUUGUUUAUUCCUUUUCUGUGUGCCUGAGAAACCAAAAAUGACGUAUCUGAACAAGCGAAACGGAACUCUUCUCAGUACUGAUUUGGGAGUCCAGAGACGACGCCCAGUUUUGAUGAUCUCACUGCUGUGAUGGGAGGGGCUUAAGUGUUCAGAUCCUGCUGCCUGGCUGGGCCAGCGUGUGUCCUCACCAAAUCAAGUGCCUUCAAUUGUAUUGUUUUUAGGGGAGGAAAAAAACAUGUAAUGCAUCAUAAAUCAGUAUAUUAGAGUAAGAAAUAUUAAUAUGAUGCACCAUGAAUGUUUUUCACAUUCUACAAUAUAAUCAAAAUUAUAUUUCUGUCAAGAUCUGUUUUAAACAUUUUAAGAUAGUGGUUUUAUGAGAAAUAUAUAGUAAUGGGUAACUGGUGAUCUAUAUAAAAAAAAAAAAAGCGAAAAAAGCCCUUUAUUUUGCAUAGUCUUAUUUAAGUCAGAUGUGUCCUUGUGUUUUAUCUCUUUUCCUUUUUUUUAUGUUAGUAUUAUUUGUGUACAUUCAUGCCUUGCAUACAUUGUUAGUUGAAACAUAUACACUAGAUAAAACCUUUUCUUCUUCGCAACCUUUUUAAGUUGCUAUUUUAAUGGAUGGUUUUUAAAAGAAAGGCUUUUCAGCACAUUACUGUAGGGCUGAGUUAUUAGGGUGUUGUAACAGUUGCGUUUGCUACCCCUUCAGAAUCUGUCCAAGUUCUACGUGGGAAUGAAGAGAUUCUGUCACCAGGAUGUAAUGUUCUAUACGUCUCAAGUAUAAAACAGAACAAAACACCCUGCUUGGAACGCGUGCUUUCUUAUAUCCGAUAUGAAUCUCGCAAAGUACAGCAGCAGUGCUGGAAACAUUUUGUAAAAAUGUUUAUUAAAACAACAAGGCUGUCAAAUGAACUACUUUUCCGUAAGAAAGAUGUAUUCCGACUUUAGAAACUAAAGAGAAGGAAAAUGAGUCGUGAUCUGGAUGUUACGACCUAGUGGUGAUACUCUACAGAAACAUUUCUAUUCACCAAACUCUUGCCAUGUAAUGUGCUGAAGCUCGCUCAUUGCAGACUGUAAUGUAAGUGUAUGUUGGUUUGAGGAUCGGAUAGCACAGUGAGCAGCAGUUAGCUGGGGGCUGAUGGUUAUGUUGACAAUAUGCAAGUAUGGAUUUUAGCAGGUAGAGAUGUUUGAUAUGAAAAUAUAUGUAGGAUUUGUUUUGUUUUGUCUUUUUUAAUUACGGCUUCCAAAGAGUAUUUUUUUUUUUUUUAAUGAGCAACAACAACAAAAUACAGUAAUUGUAUAAUUAACCUUUUUUUUUUUUGUUUAGUUUUGCAUGGUUUAGGUAUUCUGUUCAGUGCCACCAAGUUCUGGUGUGUAUUGUUAGAAGUAGGUACGGAUGGAGCAAGGUGAGAAGCUUUGUUUAUUUAAUGUUAAGGAGUUGUAUUAUUUUUAUUUUUGGUGUUUUUUUUUUUUUUAGGGAGUGGAGUACAAAAGGCCAUUCAGAUGAACAAAAUAUAUAUUUUAUCUGCUGUUUACAUGUUAAUAGAAGAAUAACAAACACUUCAGUGGACGUAAAACGCCACCUGUUUUUAAAAGAACAAACAAAAAACACUUCCUAUUGUUCACACUACAUGUGAUGACUGUCGUUUGCGUUCAAACAGACUAAAAUAAUUAAUUACAUUCUCUGUAGCAACAAAACUAUAGGCCUCUUAUAACUAUUGUAAUAUAUUUUUUUCUUUUCGUAAAAACUGUGACCCCCCCACCCCCACCCCUCCUACCCACCUUACGAUAAAGCAAUCAUUGGAUGAGUGUUGAUUGUGGCCAUUCAUAAAACAAAGUUCUCCAGUGUUACCAUAGAAAUCAGGAGCCUAUGGCUAUUUUUUAUUAUUUAAAAAAAAAAAAAAAAAAAAAAAAAACAUUUAAGAGCAUAGUAUCUGUAAAAUGGUGGAGGUUUGAAAUAACAAUUAAACAAGCAGUCAGAGUUGAAGCAAUGCAACAAAGCAAAGUAUCUUCCCAAACAAGCGGUUGGACAGCCCUGUCUCUGCACGUGUCUGUGGAGCUAUUGCUAAACGGUAUUCUUUUUGUUGUUGUCACUGAAGCAUGGUUUUAUGCAAACUAGUGUGUGCUUGCCAGCAUAUGUAAUAGUUGUUGAGCUGUCUCUGUGUCUAGAGGUAGAACUAAUCACGUUUUAAAGGUUUUGUAUUAGAGAAUUCCUAAAUGCACACACAUUGAACUUGUAUUCAAUAAUGGAUGUUUUGAUUUUUGUUUCUUUUUUUCUUAGUUGUAUGAGCAUGCCAGUAUGUUAGACGCAUACAUUCUGUUACAUUAUAUCUCUUUAUAUAAUACUUUUUAAAUUGGCCUCUGUUCAUAUGGAAUAAAAUAUAUACUUUGUGGUAAAA